AUGGACAUGGCAGACUACAGCGAGGCCCUGGACCCAGCGUACACCACGCUGGAGUUUGAAAACAUGCAUGUGCUGGCCAUGGGCGCAGAUUCCUCGCCAGCUGAGAGCACCAACAUGAGCACCACUGGCCACCUGACGGCGGGCAGCCUGUGCGCCAUCUGCGGGGACAGAGCCACGGGCAAGCACUACGGCGCAUCCAGCUGCGACGGCUGCAAGGGCUUCUUUCGGCGCAGCGUUCGCAAAAACCACAUGUACUCGUGCAGGUUCAACAGACAAUGUAUUGUGGACAAAGACAAGAGAAAUCAGUGCAGAUAUUGCAGACUGAAGAAAUGCUUCAGGGCUGGCAUGAAGAAAGAAGCCGUGCAGAACGAAAGAGACCGAAUCAGCACCAGAAGAUCCAGCUACGAAGACAGCAGUUUACCAUCCAUCAAUGCACUGAUCCAAGCAGACGUGCUGUCAAGACAGAUUAGCUCCCCUGCGCCCAUCCUGAACGGCGACAUCCGCACCAAAAAGAUCGCCACCAUCACGGACGUGUGCGAGUCCAUGAAACAGCAGCUGCUCGUUCUGGUGGAGUGGGCCAAGUACAUCCCGGCCUUCUGUGACCUGCCCCUGGAUGACCAGGUGGCGUUGCUUCGAGCUCAUGCUGGAGAACAUCUGUUGCUCGGUGCUGCAAAGAGGUCCAUGCUCUACAAAGAUAUUAUCUUAUUAGGAAAUGAUCACAUCAUUCCCAGGAACUGCCCAGAGUUGGAGGUGGGCCGGGUUGCUGUAAGGAUCCUGGAUGAACUGGUGCUUCCCUUCCAGGAGCUUCAAAUAGACGAUAACGAAUACGCCUGCUUGAAGGCCAUUGUUUUCUUUGAUCCAGAUGCAAAAGGUCUGAGUGACCCCGGAAAGAUCAAACGGAUGCGAUACCAAGUCCAGGUCAGCCUGGAGGACUACAUCAACGACCGGCAAUACGACUGUCGGGGACGUUUUGGGGAACUGCUACUCCUGCUGCCUACCCUGCAGAGCAUCACCUGGCAAAUGAUUGAACAAAUCCAGUUCGUCAAACUUUUCGGCAUGGCCAAGAUUGACAAUCUUCUACAGGAGAUGCUUCUCGGAGGCUCGGCCAAUGAAGCGCCACAUGCACCUCAUUCUCUCCACCCUCACCUGGUUCAAGAGCACCUCAGCAGUAACGUCAUCGUGGCCGGCAACAUGCCGACACCCAUCCAUAACGGACAAAUCUCCACUCCGGAAACCCCAAUACCGUCUCCGCCUACAGCGUCCAGCUCAGAACAUUACAAAAUAGCUCAAGGGGUCAUAGCAACUGUCCCCAAGCAGCCGACCUCCAUCCCUCAGCCGACCAUUACCAAGCAAGAGGCCAUCUAAUGACUCUUUACUUGAACGGUUGAUACUUUUUUUUGGUGUUUGUGUACUUUUCCAAAUAAACAGCUUUGAAGCUGCCCAGUUGAGAGAAACAUAAAGUAACUAAAGUGCCUUGAAAGUAAUUACACGGUUGUAUUUUGAGUCUACUUCAACUGCGGUUAAAUAUCAGGAAAAAAAAAAAGAAGAGUUUUAUGUAUGAUUGUUUUUGGUUUUUUUGUGUAAAUACAAUGUUUCUGGCUUUCUUUUUUUGGGCAUGUCCUCAGUGUGUGCCGAAAAAGCUCAUGGUCGACAUGGCGUCGGGACCAUGUCAGUAUUUUAUGAAUGUUACAGGGCUUUGCAUUCUCUUUUGUGUUUUAUUUGUGUUUUUAUAUUUUGAGUUCUUCUGUGAUAAAGAAAAAAAAAUGCUGUCAAGUCACAAAUGUAUUUUAUCCAAACUAAAGGAAAAAAAAUAUGUAAGAGAUUGCUUAUUUCGCUGCCCAGACAAAACUACAGACAUCUGUUUGAUUGACUAGAAAGACAUAAAGCAUUCAAAACUACUUUCACAGGUACACUGUACAAGUUCUCCAGUUUUAUUUUAGCUGCGUAUACUUUGUGUUAAAUACUUUUAUGUCAUGUUUGAACCGAUAAUAAAGUCAAGUGUGCCUUGUACCCUGUACUGCCUUAAAAGCGAGCAAAUGUGUUGCCGUACAAUGUGAAGAUGAACUAAUAAAUCAAGGUCUAUUUUUACAUUG